CUCCUCACCACUAAAUUGUUAACCAGUGGGAGAGAGCGUAAGAGAGAAGAGAGACUUUUUUUAGUGGUUGGUAGCAGAAAUUUCCUACGAGUCAGUAGGGAAGUAUUGUUUGAUUGUUAAUGGGCAACAGGAUAAAAAAAAAAUAGAGGGAAGAUCAGAUCUUUGUUCUUUCUCUAUUCACAACCACACCCAGUUGUGGGAAUGCACAGUUUUUACAGGUUUCACUGAAGGAUCGGUUUGGAAUAAAAUCUUUUCACUUCUCUUGGUGAGCUAUAAUACUCUGGAGGCAUACCUACGCUACAUCUGCAAUUUGAUUUCAUGUUUAUUUAGGAAUUGCAGAGAAGCUACAUAAGAACUUUGUGAUUCUCGAAUUUUUACGUUCAUCGGCGGUAUCUCCUUGCGUUCAAGCUAAGCUUGUUUACCGGAUUGAACUCUCGAGCCGUACGAAAACAGGAUUAAUGGAAUCGUCGGACUCCAUCACAUUCGACGACGUUCAGAAAUUCUGGCUCUACCAGACAUUUGCGCGUUAUUACAUAGUGGGAAGAGGGAGGAAGAAAACCUCGUGGAAGGUGCUAAUAAUUGACAGAAUGGAGCCUUCUGAGCUUAACAUUUUUGAAGAUCCUACAACCUAUACGGCAGAAGAGUGCUCUGAUCUGCUGAAAACAUUACACCAGGGGAACAGGUCUAUGGGUGGCCUUAAAUUAGUCACCAUUGGUUAUGGAAUAGUUGGAUUCAUACGGUUUCUAGAACCAUAUUACAUGCUGAUUAUAACAGAGAGAAAGAAUAUGGGCUCUAUGCUUGGGGCAAAAGUAUACGGCAUUUCAAAGAGCAGGAUGGUUAUAAUUCCAAAUCCUGUUGUGCGGACCAAAAAGGCUUAUUGCAAUACGGAGAAAAGAUAUCAGAAGCUUCUUAAUUCGGUGGAUCUCACCAAGGAUUUCUUUUUCAGCUACUCGUAUCAAGUUAUGCGUAGUCUUCAAGAUAACUUAAGUAAAAAUAAAAUGGAUCAAAAUAUUUAUAAAUCAAUGUUCGUGUGGAAUGAAUUUUUGACUCGAGGGAUCCGGAAGCAGCUCAAGAACAAUAUCUGGACAGUUGCUUUAGUGUACGGCUUCUUUAAACAGAUUAAACUUUCCAUAUCUGGCAGGGGCUUUGAUUUGACUCUCAUAGCCCGGCGUUCACGUCAUUAUGCCGGCACCAGAUUUUUAAGACGAGGUGUAAAUGAUAAGGGUAAGGUUGCAAAUGAUGUUGAGACAGAACAAAUUGUUAGUCAAAGUACUUUUGAAGGGCAAGUAAUGCAAAUAAGUUCCAUCGUGCAAAAUCGAGGCUCGAUUCCAGUCUUCUGGUCCCAGGAAACUUCGUUAUUGAAAAUAUUCAAUCCAGUAGUCAUAAUACCGAAGCAAGGAGACUACGGAGCCACAAAACUUCACUUCAAGAAUCUUGCUGACAGAUAUGGAAACCCCAUAAUAAUUUUGGAUCUAACUAAGACUCGAGAGAAGAAGCCUAGAGAAACUCUGCUUCAUGCAGAGUAUGUAAAUGCUAUAGGAUGCAUCAAUGCAGAAUGUUCAGAAGAGAAUCGUCUAAAGCUUCUUCAAUGGGAUCUCAAGCAGCACUCAAGAAGCGAAGCUUCCACCGUGUUGUCAAAGCUAAAGGAUUUGACUAAAUUAGCAUUGGAUUUGAACGGCACAUUCUAUUGUCAAGUGACUAGGAAUUCAUCAUCAGAUGGUUCUUCUCGGCCCUACCUUGAGAAUGUGAAUAUUAGCGAGAAUAAUAACAAUGGCAGCGAUGAUGCAAAUGGUAAAUGUGAUGUCAAAAUAAAGAGGUUUCAGAAAGGAGUUCUCAGGACGAACUGCUUUGACUGCUUGGAUCGCACCAACAUCGCUCAAUAUGCUUAUGGGCUAGCCGCUUUAGGACAACAGCUUCAAACUUUUGGGUAUUUAGAAUCUUCAGAUAUUGAUCUGGAUGACCCUAUUGCAAGGCAUUUGAUGGAUAUUUAUGAGAUUAUGGGCGACAAACUUGCGAUGCAAUAUGGUGGUUCGCCUGCCCACAAUAAGAUAUUUUCUGAGAGAAGAGGUCAGUGGAAGCCAGCAAUCGAGUAUGUGGACAUUGUUAAAUCUGUUCAAAGAUUUGUAAGCAAUGUCUACAUGGACGAAGAGAAGCAGAACGGCAUUGACUUGUUCUUGGGGAACCCUCCACCUCAGAAACGGAAACUGGUGCUGGAUCCAGACAAGCAUAAUAAAUGGAGGAGGACAAUGAAAAGGUCACUUUCGGAUAGCAAUAUUAUAAUGGAAAAUGACAUUUCGGCGGAGGAAGGGGAUGGGGAACAGGAGCAACUUUCGCAUGAAGAAUCUUUCGGAGUUGGAGGACACAACAUCGGCCUCCUCGAAUUAAUGCCACAAAUCUCAACCUAUUGCAGGUACACAGGCCCAGAAUUCCCCGAGGUAGUUUCCAGCUCUGAAUCAGUCGAUACUGAUCACGAAGAAAUAAGACAAAGGGCGACCUCGAGAUUUCUUACAGCGGAUUGGUAUUCUGAAUCGGUUUAUUCUUGUGAAGAAGACUUGUACAACAAAAUUCUGAACUUCUCAGGGGACAACGUGGAUUAUUACUCUAUUCACAUGUUUGACUUCGGCAGAUGGAUUACACGUGGAGGCACUUUUUACAUUUGAACAUUUAAAAUUUUUAUCCUAAAACUAAUUUUAUUUUAUUUCCCCCGCAAUUGUAAAUACAAUACAGUACAGUACAGUACAGUACAGUGUAAAGAUCAGGCCAGGGAAAGUUACC